UUUUUAGGUUAACAGUUCUAUAUUCGCUUUAAAUGUCACAUUGGUGAUAGCUGUAAAUACAUAUUUUCAAAUAUUUAAUAGCAGUACACAUCGCACAAUGUCAGAAUUUGAACAAUUAGAACCUUCACUCAAAAAUGUCAUAGACCAAACUACAUUAAAAUGGAUAUUUGUAGGAGGAAAGGGUGGUGUUGGUAAAACAACUUGCAGUUGCAGCUUGGCCGUACAGUUAUCCAAAGUCAGAGAAAGUGUCUUGAUUAUAUCAACUGAUCCGGCUCACAAUAUAUCUGAUGCGUUCGAUCAGAAAUUUACAAAAGUACCUACACUGGUUAAAGGUUUUGCUAACUUAUAUGCAAUGGAAAUAGAUCCUAAUGUAGGUUUUAAUGAGUUACCAGAUGAAUAUUUUGAUGGAGAACCAGAUGCCAUGAAAAUGAGUAAAGGUAUUAUACAAGAAAUUGUUGGAGCAUUUCCUGGUAUUGAUGAAGCUAUGAGUUAUGCAGAAGUCAUGAAACUUAUAAAAAGCAUGAAUUUUUCAGCGGUAGUCUUUGAUACAGCUCCAACAGGUCAUACAUUACGCUUGUUAUCAUUCCCCCAGGUAGUAGAAAAAGGUUUAGGAAAAUUAUUACGCCUUAGACUUAGAGUAUCUCCAUUAAUUUCUCAGUUAAGUGGACUGUUAGGCAUUCCUGAUUUCAAUGCUGAUAAUUUUUCUGCAAAAAUGGAAGAAAUGUUGUCCGUUAUUAAACAAGUUAAUGAACAAUUUAAAAAUCCUGAUCAGACUACUUUUGUUUGUGUCUGCAUUGCGGAAUUUCUGUCUUUGUAUGAAACGGAACGUUUGGUUCAAGAAUUGACUAAAUGUAAAAUAGAUACCCAUAAUAUCAUUGUAAAUCAGUUAUUGUUCAAGAAAUCAGAUGAAGACUCGUGUAAAAUGUGCUCGGCUAGGUAUAAAAUUCAAGAAAAAUAUCUUGACCAAAUUCAUGACCUCUAUGAAGAUUUCCAUGUCACAAAGUUGCCACUUUUGGAAAAGGAAGUUAGAGGAGCAGAUAAUGUAAAAAAGUUUUCAGAAUAUUUAAUAAAACCGUAUUCUGUUUAGUAUUUUGAUAUUUAUUCUUUUUUUUAUGGUGGUAUCGAGAGAAAUUAAACAUGUUCUUAAGAUUGCUUGUGGUUUGCAAGUAAUUUUUUCCGAGAUGAAAUCUUAAUUGUUUAGUUUGUAUUAUUAUAUUUUUAGAGGGUUUUAUUUACAUUUAAUUAAUAAAUUAAUCAAUUUACCACUGUUGUAUUUUUAUAUAAUUAAAAUCCAGGAACAUAUUUCAAACUGUAAGACGCAAAGUGAAAAAAUUGACCAAGAAAAUCGGAAUACGAAUGUAAUAAGUAACCAAACAUAGCU